CGUUCCGUUAGCAGGAAGUUGGACUUGUGCUUCAUGCUAAAUUUAAGUAGCGACCGUUCUCAGCGUGUGGUUUAACGCCGCUCCAGGUCCCUUUUUCCCAACUGUCUGCUGCGUCCGAGAACGUGUAAUUGAUCCGGUUUGUGGUGAUUUUGCAUUCGGCAGAGCGGCGAGCAGCCGAUGGGCGGAGCGAACAUCUGGCUUUAAGCAACAACCAAAAAAAAGCGGCGAUUUGUAGAAAAGAGGAAAAAAAAAUAAGUCUCGGUUGGACCUGGCCUGGGAGUACAUUAAUACAAAAUGCCCAAAACGAUUAAUGUCCGGGUUACCACUAUGGAUGCAGAGCUGGAGUUUGCAAUUCAGCCCAACACCACUGGCAAGCAGCUGUUUGACCAGGUUGUGAAGACUAUUGGACUGCGUGAGGUCUGGUUCUUUGGGCUUCAGUACCAAGACACAAAAGGUUUCUCCACCUGGUUGAAACUCAACAAAAAGGUAACUCAGCAGGAUGUCCGUAAGGAAAGCCCACUUCUUUUUAAGUUCAGAGCAAAGUUUUUUCCAGAAGAUGUCUCUGAAGAGCUGAUUCAGGAGAUCACCCAGCGCCUGUUCUUCCUCCAAGUGAAAGAGGGUAUUCUGAAUGAUGACAUCUACUGUCCCCCAGAGACAGCUGUGCUGUUGGCCUCUUAUGCUGUACAGGUCAAAUAUGGGGAUUUCAAUAAAGAGUCCCACAAGACUGGCUACCUGUCAAAUGACCACCUACUACCACAGCGUGUCCUCGAACAACACAAGUUGAACAAAGAACAGUGGGAGGAUCGAAUCCAAAUCUGGCAUGAGGAGCACCGAGGAAUGAUCAGAGAGGAUGCCAUGAUGGAAUAUCUGAAAAUUGCUCAAGAUCUUGAAAUGUAUGGAGUUAACUACUUCAAUAUCAAAAACAAAAAAGGCUCUGAGCUCUGGCUUGGCGUUGAUGCUCUUGGAUUGAACAUCUAUGAACAUGAAGAUCGGUUGACACCCAAGAUUGGAUUCCCCUGGAGCGAAAUCCGAAACAUUUCAUUUAACGACAAAAAGUUUAUCAUCAAACCAAUUGAUAAAAAAGCACCAGAUUUUGUAUUCUACGCACCUCGUCUCCGCAUAAACAAACGCAUCCUAGCGCUGUGUAUGGGGAACCAUGAACUGUACAUGCGUCGGCGUAAGCCUGAUACAAUUGAAGUCCAGCAGAUGAAGGCCCAGGCUAGAGAGGAGAAGCACCAGAAACAGCUAGAAAGGGCACAGUUGGAAAAUGAGAGAAAGAAGAGAGAACAAGCAGAAAAAGAGCGUGAAAAUAUUGAGCUGGAGAAGGAGGAAUUGCUGGGAAGACUGAAACAAAUUGAAGAGCAGACUCAAAAAGCUCAAAGAGAACUGGAAGAACAAACUCGCAAAGCAUUAGAGCUGGACCAGGAGAGGAAAUCUGCCCAGGAGGAGGCUGAGCGACUGGAUCAUGAGCGCAGGUCUGCCGAGGAGACCAAAUUGGCCUUGAUCGAACAAUCCCAAAACCAGUUGAAAAAUCAAGAGCAUCUGGCUGCCGAGCUCACGGAACUCACUUCCAAAAUAAAUGUAUUGGAGGAAACAAAGAAAAAGAAGGAGGAUGAGGCUUCUGAAUGGCAGCAGAAGGCUGCACUGGCACAGCGAGAUCUGGAAAAGACCAAAGAGGAGCUGAAAGUGGCCACGGCUUCCCCUCCCAUCCCACAAGCUGAAGACGAGCGUGCAGAUGAACACGACGAGAACGACGCAGAGGCUAGUGCGGAGCUGAGCUCGGAGGGGACUGUGCAAGAUCGCAGUGAGGAGGAGCGGCUAACUGAGGCAGAGAAAAACCAGCGCGUGCAGAAACAACUGCAGGCAUUAACUUCGGAGCUGGCCCAGGCACGGGACGAGACCAAGAAAACACGGAAUGACAUGUUACACGCAGAGAACAUGAAGGCAGGACGAGACAAGUACAAGACUCUGAGGCAGAUUCGGCAGGGCAACACCAAGCAGCGAAUAGACGAGUUUGAAUCCAUGUAAAUCCUCAUUUCCUGUGACCUGCAAAGUCACUGUAAGGGAAUGAAUCUGGUUUCAUUAGGAGUUACCGAGCAGCCCUUGCUUUUCUAUUUAAUAUCUGGCUUGUGCAAAUCGGCAUUAGAGAUGUAUUAAAUUGUUCCUGUGUAGCACAAAAGUCUUUGGCUAUGAAGUUUGGAAAAUUGUUUGUUCUAUUUGUGAUUACACCCGUCAGAUUUCUAUAAAAGCCAUGCUCUAUUCAUCUGUUUUUUUUUAAACCAUCUUUUUUUCAGCUUUAGCUAAAAUUAAUAUUGUGGCCCACUUUUAAAAUGUCCAUGUCCUAAGAUGUAUAUUUAAUUAAACUUUUUUUUAAUAAAUCAAAUUGGGUAUGAAGCUAGGGAGAAAAAAUCCAUUGUAACAAAUCAAUGUUAAAUUUGAAAUUAAUACUUUUUAAUUUACAAUUGUAAUCUCAUUGGUGCCUUGUUUUCAUUUUUGUUUUUUGUUGUAGUCUGAAUAUUAGUCUGAAUAUUGUUUUUUUUGUAGUCUGAAUAACCCUUCACCAAAUUACCCUCUGCUGCAUAACUAAUUCAGAAAUGGUUGUAAAUUCAUGGAAGAUCACUUAAUGAAUUUGUGACUGAUUAUUUAGGAUAUUUAUUUUUUGCGUUAUUUCCCCUGGAGGUAUUACAUGCACAUAUUUUGACUCUAGGUCGUGUGGCUUUUAAAGGAAUCUGUUUUGAAUUCAGCUGUGUAAACUUGUUCUGACUUGAGUAUGUUGCACUAAAAUUUUAAACGUGUAAAAAAAAAAAAAACAUUUGCUAAAUUUGUAGAGGUCCUUGUUUGUAACCCUGUGGUACCUGGAAGGUGCUACCACUCGAGUGCAAUGCCACUUUGUUAAUAGGAAGUCAAUUUGGAAGAAUCUAGGCAAUUUUGUAAAUUGCAGCUCCACUAACCUCUGGAUUUGAAGGUGCAUGUCAGGGUUUGGCAUGCAGUCUGCUACUGCAAUGAAAAUUGUGCAAGUUGUAUAUUAAAGUGUUAUAAAUGCAGAUACUUAUGAGCUUUCUAUUUCUAAUUGAACAUCUGUUGCCAAGAGCUACUGUUUGGUGCUGAUUCUCAUUCUUUUUAUUAUAUGUAGAAGUGCCAAAAGUCCUUUCAGUGUUACAGUGCAUAUGCUUGCGGCCAGGGUCAUUCCUUGUGAAAUUAUUUGCUCUAUUUUCAUAAAUAGCAUUAUGUACUUGAUGGUAGUUACUUUGAAAUAACUAUGCAAAGUAGGAAGAGCAGAAUUAUUGUGUUAUAACUGGUUUAUUGAUUUGCAAACUAUCAUGUAACCUUUUGUAUUUUGCAGGAUAAUGAUAAGAAAUAUGCAGUAUUAUAUCAAGGAGCCAACUGUUCAUUUAGAACCCAUUGGUUGAUUUUUUUUUUUACGAUGAUUUAUAUUGCAAUGACUUUGUAAAGUAGGCAAUGCCAUUUGGUAAUUAUUAACGGGGCUCUUCAGCUCAUUGACAAAAGCUGCUUAAUCUUCUUCAGUGGUUGGAAUUUUCUGUACAUUGAAAAUUGGCCAGUGUAAAUUUUUUUUUUCUACAGUGAAAUCUGCUUCCUAUUUAACAAUUAUCAAAGGGUUCUCGGUAACAAACUAUUUGCUGAUUUUUGGGAGGUUGUACUCAAUUUGUCCUUUCUGCUCUAAUAAAUUUUCACAUUUUCUGCACUGA